CUUACAGCAGUAACGAAGUGAAUUUGCCACGACAAAUCAAUUUUAUUUUAAAUUAGUAAAAAAAUCAAAUAUUCAGAAACAAAAAAUGUCUUCAGAUUGGGAUGAAAUUCGACGAUUGGCCUCUGAUUUUCAGAAGGUUCAAUUGUCUUCAACAUUACAAAGACUUUCGGAACGAAAUUGCGUUGAAGUGGUGUCGUUGUUGAUUAAACAAGGUCUUAUCAACGUGUUAUAUACGACCGAUGGCAAAGAAUACAUUACCCCGGAUUAUUUACAAAAAGAAGUUGAAGAUGAAAUUUAUGUGCACGGUGGUCGGGUCAAUUUGGUUGAAUUGGCACAGAUCUUGAAUGUUGAUCUAUUUCACAUCAACAAUAUUGCCGAACGAAUUUCAAAAGAACGUGAUGAUUUGCAUCUAAUUUUGGGGCAAUUGCUUGAUGAGAACUAUCUUCAAAAGAUUGCCAUUGAAAUCAACGAAAAAUUGUCACAAGAGGGUGAAAUAUCCGUUUCAGAUUUGACCAUUCAAUUUGAUUUACCGUCGGAGUUUUUGUUGGCUCAAGUAAUGGAAAAAUAUUUGGGCAAACUUAUUAAAGGACGACAGGAUUCAAGUGAUUCUCGAAUUUUCUUCACUCCAACCUACAUUUCGCGUUGUAAGGCGAAAAUUCGCGGAGGUUUACUGGCUUUAACUCAUCCAACGUCUGCCACGCAAAUAAUCCAACAAAUUGGCAUUCAAGAACGUAUAUUCUUCACGUUGUUUAAUGAGGUUGGUGCGGCUGGUGUCUUAACUUCGCGCCAGCACGGUGCACAAUAUAUUCCACAUGUUUAUACGAAAAAUCAACGUGAUUGGGUCGAAUCGUUCUAUAAACAGAAUUCCUACUUGGAAUAUGAUGCCGUCAAUCGUUUAGGUGUAUCUGAUGCAAAGGGCUUUAUAAAACGAACCGUCGGCGAUGAAUCGAUAACAUUCUUAUCGAAAUGUUGCGUGGAUCAACGUAUUCUUGAUCAAAUUGAAUCAUCGUUGGAUGAAUGCAUUUCGACUGGUUCUUACUUGGAAGUGGGCACGAUUCUGCCAUCCAUUAUGACCGAAGAAGAUAUUGAAGGUAUUAUUGCAGCCGUUUUAACACCCACCAAGCAAAAGCAAACACUUUUAUUCGGAACGACUAUUUUAACAACGCAAUUUAUUGACGGUUUAUUGAAACCAUGUCAUGAAAUAAUCGAGAAAAAUGCGAAACAAUCGGUUGAUACUGGAAAAUAUCAACAAUACAUCGCCGAGAAGAUGACAAAUCGAAAUGUGGAUAUUGAAAUAUCGGACCGAAAAUCGGAUCGAAAGGAUGAGAGACGACGUAAAGCGACUGGUGGAAAAGGUGGCGGUGGUACACAAGGCCGCGAAACAAAAACAAAAUCAACGAAAAAGCUGUAUAGAGCGGGUGAUCGUGGGCAUCAAUCGGAUUCCGAAGAAGAAAAUGUCCAUAAGAAAAAAGAAGGACCAACCAUUGAAUUGAUAUCAUUGAAAGAGAUUAAGAAUAAUUUGGAAAAACAACUCGAACCAGAAGGUUUGGAUGACUUAAGUGGUUUGAUUGCAAAACAAUAUUUACCAUCGUUGACAAAACAAUCGCUCGAAAUUGCUCAUCAAUUCUAUGAGGCUUCAUUGCAAAACACUACACAAAAUCAACGACAAACACAUGCCGCACUACAAACCAAAUUAAACGAACUUUUGGUGAAUAUUCGAUUGUAUGAAAAGGGACUACAUUUGUUACCAGCCGAUUUGCAGGGCCAAUUGAUUAAAUACUUACUGAAAUCUCAUGGCAAUGACGUUUGCAAUGAUAUUUUUUUCUAUGUUGCCACCGAAUGCAAUCUUAAUUACGCCGAUGCAAACUUGAAACCAGAGCAACGCGUUAAAAUUACACAAGAUUGUGGUCAGGAGUACAAGUCGGCUUUGACGGCACUCAAUAAGGCCGUUGCCGGUACAUCGAUUGAUGAAUUCUUAGAAGCAGCUGAAAACGCCCUCGAAGCAUGCGGCAUGAUAUUGAAGAAAAUUGAUAAGAAAAAAGAUAGAAAUUUGAUAAUGUGCCACAAGCAUGAAUUGCUUCAACAAUUAUCCGACUGCAAUGAUCCAGCAUUGACGCUUCAUUUGGCUGUUUUGGUUAUUUUUACCAUUUCGACGCAAUGUAUGCUUCAUGCAUCUGGAAAAUUUGUAUCGUCUAUAUUGAGUUUUCUUCAACCAUCGUUAACAUCCGAACAAAGUGCUGCAUUAACCGAAUUCCAUGAUUUAGUGCUAAAACUAUUGCAACGGACAACUGCAACAGAAUCGGACGACACACAAUUAAUUUCCAACGAACUACAACAGAAAAUGGAAAAAAUCAAAACCAUUGCCAACACCUACAAAAAGAACGGCACAACAAAUGCAGAUUAAAAUAAUUAUGAAUUGGUUGACAGGACUCAUACACAUUUCAAGUGUUGAUUAUUAGAUAACGAAUGGUGCAAUUUUAUUUUUAUCGAAUCACAAACAAGCUUUGAUUACAUAGAUAGCAGUAGGUAAUUGAUUAUUUUUCGCAUGGGUUGAGCUCAUUCUUCACUGAUAUAUUAAUAUCUUAUUGUUAUGUAAAUCAUUCUUGCAAUUACAAGAAACUCCAAUUCUAUGAAUUUUAUACUUGGCAGUUCUAAAUAAAUCAUCCAAUUUUUGCAAAAAAAAACAA